AUGCCAUUUAUGACGAAUGAUCGGUAUCAGAACUACAUCACCUUGGAACAGGAAGUCUUGGUCUCCUACCGCCUCCUCUUCGGGCAAAGCGCUCGUGCCAAGAAAGAGGUCGACAAGCUGCCGCGCGGCAUCUGGCCGGUGGGAUGUAGGGACUUUGAGCAGGAGAAGCUCCUGGAGAGCGACGUCUACAGCGCCCAGAGCGACUUCCCGCGGUUGGGCUAUCGCCUGAUCAACCUUCAGAGGUUCAGCCUGCGCCAUAAGCCUCGCCGGUUGACGGACCUGUGGAGGGACCGCAGGAAUCCGCUGCAGUGGUAUACCUUUUGGGCGGUCCUGUGGGUUGGAGGAGCUGGUAUCAUAUUGGACAUCAUACAAACGAUCCUUGCGGGGGUUCAAGUUGCCAGGUCGUGA